GAGAGAAGGAGGAGGGAGAUCGGCGGCGGCGGCAAGAAGCGCAGCGGGGAGAGAGCAUAUUCAUUCCCCAAACAAGUCCGUGGCGGGUCCCAUCGAGCUGAGCGCAGCUGACAAUGGCCAGCAUGCUGUCGAAACGUCUCGGCAAGAGGUCCCUCCUUGGGGCCAGGGUUUGCGCCCCGACUUUGUCCGGAGAUGGAAUGUUGGUGGACGGGCAGAUGUCGAUACAAGCAGAGAUUUCUGGGGGAUUCGGUGCUGGCGCAUUGGAAGGUGGAUACUGCAAGGAGUUCCCCGAGGAUGGGAGUUGUGCUUCCGCAAUGUCUCCUACCAACCGCUUUAAGUUGUAUCCUGGGCAAAAGGUUUAUAUCACUCACAACGGGAAGGAAUAUGUCGGUUUGGUGGAGCAGCACAAUCAUGUGGAUGACGAGGUGAAGCUGUUUGUAUUGGAGCUGGGGCUUCACCUCUGUAGAAAGAUGGAGGACGUGCGCCUCGCUGAGACCCAGAAACCACUGUCCUCCCCAAUUGAGCAAAGUCUUCCAACAAGCCCUGGGGCAACUUCCACCUCUGCCCAGAGAUCGGUGUCUCGCAGCAUUGAUGUUCCCAAAAGGAGGUCGGAUGCAGUAGAGAUGGAUGAGAUGAUGGCGGCGAUGGUCCUGACCAGCUUGUCCUGCAGCCCCAUUGUACAGAGCCCACCCUGCACUGACAGCAUCCCAGCUCCUCGGGUAACGUGUGACUUGUGGAAAGAGGGUGGAGACGUGUCGGAUAGUGGCAGCAGUACCACCAGUGGACAUUGGAGUGCUAGCAGUGGGGUCUCCACUCCUUCCCCUCCCCACACUGACGCCAGUCCAAAGUACACCAGCGAGGUGUUCAGCGCUUCCCAUGUGGACGAGGGCUUUGAGACUGACCCCGAUCCCUUUUUGCUGGAUGAACCAGCGCCACGGAAAAGAAAGAAUUCUGUCAAGAUCAUGUACAAGUGCCUGUGGCCAAACUGUGGGAAACUUCUUCGUUCCAUUGUCGGCAUUAAACGUCACGUGAAGACUCAACACCUUGGGGAUGGCUUGGAUUCUGACCAGCGCAAGAGGGAGGAGGAUUUCUACUACACGGAGGUACAAAUGAAGGAGGAUCCUGAAGCUGAGCCAACACCAAAAAGUCCAAGCUCUGCCACUGCUCCCCUCCUCAUUCAGCCGGUGCCAGCCAAACCUGAGACCCAUGCUAUAGAGGUGCCAUCAGUAGAGUCUCCAUUGUCCAGUGCCCUCAGCCAGUCUGCUCCAGGCUCUUUUUGGCACAUCCAAACUGAUCAUGCUUACCAGGCACUGUCUUCCAUCCAGAUUCCUGUUUCCCCUCACAUCUUCACCAGUAUCAGUUGGGCAGCUGCUUCUUCUACAAUUCCGACACUUUCUCCGAUCCGAAGUCGGUCCCUGAGCUUCAGUGAACAGCAGGCGAUAAAGUCCCACCUCAUUGUGGCGUCUCCUCCGAGGCCAAGCAACGGCAACAGGAAAAUUCGAGGCGAGGCCAAGAAGUGCCGUAAAGUCUACGGGAUCGAACAUCGAGAUCAGUGGUGCACGGCUUGUCGGUGGAAAAAAGCCUGUCAGCGGUUCCUGGACUGAGCGUCUAUAAGAGAAGCGCCUGCUCGACUGAAAGGUGGAAAAACGUUGGUUUUCGAUUCCUGAUGCGUCACGGAGUUGCAACUGCGCCAUCUCUUCGAAAGGGGCUGGGGCAAAAGACUGUGUAAAUUCCCAAACCUGUAAAGAUGUAAAUUGCAAGACCUAUACAAGGUUACGUUAGUCAGAUCUUUUAUUUUUUUGUUUCUUUCCAUUUUAGACUGUCCAGUUUUGUUUUUAAUCUUCGCUACACGGAAGUGCAGGGACCAAAGUGUUUUAACUUCUUUUUGUUUCCCCCAAACCCGCAACGUUUGAUUUUAUAGUGACCCCUCCUCAUGUAAAAUAGUCUUGUCCUGCUCUCUCCUCGCUCCUGUGAAAGGUCUAUGAUCUAUAGAUCUAUAUAUUUCUCUUGUACACGUACAUUUUAACCUCCUCAAAGUGUAAAUACAGUAAAGAUAAAUUUGCAGCUCCUCCGUUGUGGAGGGCACCCGUCA